GUGUUCUCAGCUCCCCAGCCCCGUCUCGCCCCCCCGCGCUGCCAUUGACGGGGCGGCGGGCGGAGCCGGGAGCGCCGCUGUCAGACUCCGGCGGGCAGCGAGGGAGACGCGAGCGGCAGCUGCUCCGGGAGCCCCAGCCGCGCAGAGCCCGGGAGCGGGAGCCGAGGCAGCGCCAUGAGCCAGAAAUGCGACGUGAUCGUGGUUGGGGGCGGCAUCUCAGGUCUGUCGGCAGCCAAGUUGCUGACUGAGUCAGGGCUGAGUGUUGUGGUGUUGGAAGCCCGUGACAGAGUUGGAGGAAGAACUUUCACUGCAAGGAAUAAGCAAGUCCAGUAUGUGGACCUUGGAGGAGCAUAUGUGGGACCGACACAAAAUCGCAUCCUGCGGUUGUCUAAGGAGCUAGGAAUAGAGACGUAUAAAGUGAAUGAAGUAGAACAUCUUAUUCACCAUGUCAAGGGUAAAAGUUAUCCCUUUAAGGGUGCAUUUCCUACUAUGUGGAACCCUUUUGUCAUCUUAGAUUUCAACAAUCUAUGGAGGACGAUGGAUGAAAUGGGAAAGGAGAUUCCUAAUGAAGCCCCAUGGAAGGCACCACAUGCAGAAGAAUGGGACAAAAUGUCUAUGCAAGAUUUCAUAGACAAAGUUUGUUGGACAAAUGCUAGCAAGAGGUUUGCAACGCUGUUUGUGAAUGUGGAUGUCACCUCUGAGCCUCACGAGGUCUCUGCUCUCUGGUUCCUGUGGUACGUGAAGCAGUGUGGGGGGACAGGCAGGAUAUUCUCCACCACCAACGGUGGGCAGGAGAGGAAGUUUGUUGGAGGUUCUGGUCAGAUUAGUGAGAAGUUAAUGGAACGCUUGGGAGGCCGAGUGAAGCUAGAGAAACCUGUAGUCCGCAUUGAUCAGUCAGGUGAAAAUGUCAUUGUGGAGACCUUAGACCAUGAAUCAUAUGAGGCCAAGUAUGUGAUUAGUGCCAUUCCCCCAGUUCUUGAUUUGAAGAUUCAUUUCAACCCACCAUUACCACCAAUGAGAAACCAGCUGAUCAGCCGGGUUCCCAUGGGCUCAGUCAUCAAGUGCAUGGUAUACUACAAAGAACCUUUCUGGAGGAAAAAGGACUACUGUGGUACCAUGCUCAUUGAAGAUGAGGAAGCUGUGAUUGGAAUGACACUUGAUGAUACCAAACCCAAUUGCAGUGUUCCUGCCAUAAUGGGUUUUAUUCUCGCUCGAAAGUGUAGAAGACUGACACAUCUCACAAAGGAAGAAAGGAAGAAGAGGAUCUGCGAGCUCUAUGCAAAGGUUUUGGGCUCAGAGGAAGCCUUACACCCAGUGCAUUAUGAAGAGAAGAACUGGUGUGAGGAGCAGUAUUCUGGCGGGUGCUACACAGCUUACUUCCCACCGGGGAUAAUGACACAGUUUGGAAGGAUCAUUCGCCAGCCAGUUGGUAGGAUCUACUUUGCUGGAACAGAGACAGCUACAGAAUGGAGCGGGUACAUGGAGGGGGCUGUGCAGGCUGGAGAGAGAGCAGCUAGAGAGAUACUGUGUUCCAUGGGGAAAAUCUCAGAAGGUGAAAUUUGGAAGUCAGAACCAGAAUCAGUUGAUGUCCCAGCCCGGCCAAUCACUACUACCUUUUGGGAGAGAAACUUGCCAUCUAUACCAGGACUACUGAGGCUGGUUGGAUUUUCCACUUUCUUCACUUCAGUGGCUGCUGUUGGGCUAUUUGCCUACAAAAAGGGGCUGCUAGUUCAAAACUGAGAAAGGUGCCAGCACAAAGCUGUGUACUUGUUGUGUCCUUUUUCCAAAGUUUGUUUUGACAUGCACUUAUCUGUCUUCAAAAGCAGAUCAGGACUGGUAACGGGGGUGAGGGAAAGUAGAGAUGCAAUUUUAGAGUGAGGAUGAGUGAAGGGGUUCAGAUAAGGUAAGGACCCCCUGAACAUUGACCUAUUUUUAGCAUCAUCAUUUGAGGUUCUGAGACAGUGGCGGGCAACCUGCAGCCUGCGGGCCGCAAACGGCCCAUCAGGGUAAUCCACUAGCUUACUGCCAGACAGUUUGUUUACAUUUGCACAGCUUCCCGCAGCUCCCAGUGGCUGCGGCCACGGCCACACAGACGUGCUAGCCACUGCUUCCCGCAGCUGCCAUUGGCUGGGAAGGGCAAACCGCAGCCCCUGGGAGCUGCAGGCAGCUGUGCAAAUUUAAACAAACUGUCUGGCGGCCCAUCAGCGGAUUACCUGGACGGACCGCAGGUUGCCCACCACUGUUCUGAGAUGUUCCACUAUGUGUUACUUCACUUUGAGUUUCUAUCUAGGUCUGCAAAUGAAAAUGCCAAAAUACUGUGAGAAAGCUGUUCUUCUGAUAUUUUCAGCCUUUUGUACACUUGUAUCUAACCUAACCUGAACUCUGAACAUUUAAAGGCACUCCCGUCCCUAGUUAUAAGUGGAAUAUUGCCACACUCAUGGAGAUCUAAAAGACUUCAGUUGUAGCGUAAAAUAACUUUUGAAUAAAUGCAAAUUGCAGGUGAGGGUCUUUAACAGCACUUACAAAAAAAUGUAAGGCUAAAUUUUGAAAUUGUUGUUUCGAACUAUGUAAGUGCUCAUGAGUUUGUCAAGAGUAUAAUUCCCCACUUUACAUUUCCAAUCGCAUGUUAUGGACUAUGGACCCAGUGGCACAAAAGAGGCUAUAAAGGUGUCUUAAGUGGCCUCUUGAGGAUUCCCCCAGUCUAGCGGCUCUACAGCACCCUUAUCCUAUGUGGGUCCCAUGAGGCUGCUAUAGGUAGUGCCAGGGAUCAAAUUAACCCCCCUGUUGACCCCAGGGAGCCAUGAAGUAACUUUUCUGCACCCUUAUCUAAGCUUUUUGGGGUAGGGGCUCUCUCUCACCUUGUGUUUGUAGGGUACAGUGGGCCCUAGAUCUCAGUUGGAGCCUACAGGCACUACCAUAAUAAGUAAUAACUUUGUCCAGUGUUGAAAACAGCUUAUCUAGGCCAGAGAAUCUAAGCUAAUGUCUACACAUUUCCCCAACAAUUAGUCCUUGAAAUAUAAAUGGAAAUCUCUAAAUAACAUUUCAAUAUGUAUUCCUUGGGAUUGAUGUUGUGUUGAGGGGUGCACCUGGAAUUGCAAGGGUGAUUUCUCUCAUGUUCUGCUCUGCAAAAAUAAAAAAAGCCCCUGCUCA